CUUUCGUCGUCUGCACAACCAGCAAACAAACAAAUCCAAUAUGAAAUUCGUCAUUGUUUUCGUCGCUCUCUUCGCUCUGGCCUAUGCCGCACCAGCUGCUCCAGAAGCCGAAAUCGUUGAAUUGAGAUCCGAUGUCUUGCCAGAAAGCUACAGCUUCGCCCUGAAGACCAGCGAUGGUACCUCAAAGGACGAAGAGGGUCAUUUGGAAAAUGUUGGCGCUGAGAACGAACACAUUGUUGCCCGCGGUUCAUACUCUUUCGUCGCUGAUGAUGGCCAGACCUACACCGUCACCUACAUCGCUGAUGAGAACGGUUUCCAACCACAAGGUGCUCAUUUGCCCGUUGCCCCUGAAGCCUAAGUUUGUUACUCAUUGACUGAGUGCGAUUGAUGGAACUGUUAUUAGAUUUUAAGUGAUAACGCAAUGUUAAAUAAAAUGAAUGAAUGAGUUGAA